AUGGUCAACAACGAGCUGAUUGUAAACACCGGUUAUGGCCCGGUCCAGGGAGCAACCCGAACCGCUUUGUACGGAGCCGAAUACGUCAGUUUUCAAGGCAUACCUUACGCCAAACCUCCGGUCGGAGAGCUACGAUUUAAGGAUCCUUCACCGCCUGAAAAAUGGACGACUUUGUUAGAUUGUACCCAACAAUCCCAUCCUUGCUAUCAUUUGGAUCGCCGAGUCAAUCAAAUUGUCGGCAGCGAGGACAGUCUAAAGUUGAACAUUUUCACCAAAACAAUUAAACCUACUAAACCACUGCCCGUUAUGGUGUACAUCUAUGGCGGAGGAUUCGUUGAAGGUACCAGUGGAACCGAACUCUACGGCCCGGAUUACCUCGUCGAAAAGGACAUCGUGCUAAUCACGCUCAACUAUCGCGUCGGAGCACUCGGUUUCCUUUGCUGCCAGUCACCUGCAGCCGGUGUCCCUGGAAAUGCCGGAUUAAAGGAUCAAAGACUCGCUCUUACGUGGGUGCGGGACAAUAUUGCCCACUUUGGCGGUGAUCCAAACGCUGUCACUCUGUUCGGGCAUAGUGCAGGUGGAGCCUCGGUACAGUAUCAUACCAUUGCGGAAGUUUCGAAAAAUCUGUUCCAACGUGCCAUCAUCAUGUCGGGCAGCACGAUGUGCCAUUGGUCACUUACACCACAACGUAACUGGCCACAAAAACUCGCAAAAGCCAUCGGUUGGAAGGGUGACGAAGGUGAUGAGGAAUCGGCACUCCGCUUUUUGCGUCAAGCAUCGCCGGAAAGCAUUGUGGAGCAUCAGGAGACAUUGUUUGGACCUCAGGAAAUACAAGAAGGUUUACUUACUCCAUUCGCUCCCACGAUCGAACCAUAUGAAACAGAUGUGUGUUUCAUUCCCAAAUCACCCUUUGAGAUGUCCCGUACCGCUUGGGGAAAUACGAUUGACAUCAUGAUUGGCGGUACUUCCGAGGAAGGUUUGAUUCUACUACCGAAAGUAAAGCCAAAGCUUCCUGUUAUGCUGCAGGAUCCUAGACUGUUCAUCGGCAAUGUGCCCUUCCAUCUGAAACUCACCCCCGAGGAGCGGAUGGCAUUUGCAGAGCAGCUGAAACAACUGUACUAUCCCGAUUCCAUUCCGUCGGUAGACAACUUGGAUGGAUUCAUUAACAUGGCAUCGGAUCGUAUUUUUUGGCACGAUUUGCAUCGCACUAUACUGGCUCGUACCCACUAUGCUCAUAACGCUAAAACCUUCGUUUAUCGCUUCUGCGUUGAUUCACCGUUCUUCAAUCAUUAUCGCAUUCAUAUGGUUGAUCCUAAAGCACGUGGCACAUCUCACGCCGAUGAGAUUUCUUACCUAUUUUCCAACAUAUUCGCCAAACCAUUGGACGCGAACACGUUCGAGUACCGGGCUAUUCAGUACAUGGUGGACAUUUUCACCAACUUUGCUGCCAACGGCGAUCCGAAUGGUUCAAGCACCGCUAAUCUAUCGUGGAUCUCGGUUCCACAAACGGCGCCACCGUACAGCUGUUUAAACAUCUCCAACGAAGGAGUAGAGGUUGUGGAAUUACCGGAAACAAAACGUCUGAAAGUGUGGGAUUCAUUCUACGUGCGCGAUGAUCUUUACUAG